CUACAGCCCGAGUGCACGCACACAGCCUUUGAGUUUCAAACUUCCGAGUCCAAGAGCUAGGAUUCUUUAUCAAAAACCUGUCGAUGUAUUCGCCUGAAUUAUCCUUAAAACGUUCACUUUUGGAGGUUUCUAGUAACUCUUUGAACGUUUUUCGGUGUAUUUGAGGCCUGGACAAACUGACAAUCCAAUGUAUCGGACAUGGCAACAGUUCCUCGCGCUUAUGGGUUUAUUCGUAGUGCCAGGUGGCGAAUCGCAUCUCUGCAUGUCUGGCAGACAUAUCAGUGUGGAUGACGGAUCACCACCUCAAGCUGAACCUCGGCAAGAUGGAGCUGCUCUUCCUCCCGGGGAAGGACUGCCCGUUCCAUGAUCUCGCCAUCACGGUUGACAACUCCACUGUGUCCUCCUCCCAGAGCGCUAAGAACCUUGGCGUGAUCCUGGACAACACCCUGUCGUUCUCAACUAACAUCAAGGCGGUGGCCCGUUCCUGUAAGUUCAUGCUCUACAACAUCCGCAGAGUACGACCCUGCCUCACACAGGAAGCGGCGCAGGUCCUAAUCCAGGCACUUGUCAUCUCCCGUCUGGAUUACUGCAACUCGCUGUUGGCUGGGCUCCCUGCCUGUGCCAUUAAACCCCUACAACUCAUCCAGAACGCCGCAGCCCGUCUGGUGUUCAACCUUCCCAAGUUCUCUCUCACGUCACCCCGCUCCUCCGCUCUCUCCACUGGCUUCCAGUUGAAGCUCGCAUCCGCUACAAGACCAUGGUGCUUGCCUACGGAGCUGUGAGGGGAACGGCACCUCAGUACCUCCAGGCUCUGAUCAGGCCCUACACCCAAACAAGGGCACUGCGUUCAUCCACCUCUGACCUGCUCGCCUCCCUACCACUGAGGAAGUACAGUUCCCGCUCAGCCCAGUCAAAACUGUUUGCUGCUCUGGCCCCCCAAUGGUGGAACAAACUCCCUCACGACGCCAGGACAGCGGAGUCAAUCACCACCUUCCGGAGACACCUGAAACCCCACCUCUUUAAGGAAUACCUAGGAUAGGAUAAGUAAUCCUUCUCACCCCCCUUAAAAGAUUUAGAUGCACUAUUGUAAAGUGGCCUAAAGAGGACUAUCUCUCCUCCCUGUACUCAAAGUACUAACGUGUUGCUGCUCUAGUUUGAAUAAUACAACACAUCUGUCAUCACAUGAAUUCCAUCCAAUCAGGGAGCGCAGAGAGGGGCCUUUCUGAAGUCUGUCUGGGAAGUGAAGCUCAGCCAUCGGGUUGAUUGAUUUUAGUGCUGUCAUGUCUACUCUAGGGUAGUGAAUGUAGUUUAUUACCAUACAGCGAUUUGCCAGGAUGGUUUCCUCAGCUCAGAUACUUUCUACAGUGUUUUUUACUGAUCUUUUGCUUGUCUGCCCAUGGACAUGACAGGGUGGAUAGGAUUUAGAGUGACUGACUGUUUUAAUCCAUAACACAGGGCUACCAGGGCAAUGAGGCAGAGCAUGAAGGAAAAAGGAAUGCACAUGGCUGGUAUUAAUCCCUGUUUGUCUCGAGCCCCUACCCUGCCGAACUCCUGAAGGAGAUAAAUCUAAUCGACACUUCAGAGUGGUGCCAAUGGGUACAGAUGGAAGAUUUCAUGUUUGCCAGAACACUUGAUGUUUUUUAAAGUUUUUUUUUAACCUUUAUCAGAAUCCUUUUAUACUUCCUGGCUGGUUCAGGCUCUCAUACGUGGACCUCUGGACUGAAGACCUACAAUAAUUAACCAGCCACCUGCCGGUAUCAUUAACCAGACAGUGACACACACACACACAGACUGCCAAAUAUAAACACAAUGGAAUGCUGAGUAGAGGUCUUCAAAAGUUGGACCUGUCCGUGGGUUUUCCACCUGACCCUAUUUCUAUAAAAAAGAAAUUAGACGGAGGUCUGUUGCGAGUGGACCCGAGGAUAGUCAGACCCGUUCCGAAAAGGCACGUGGGGAAAAAAAGACCCAAACAGACCAGUGCUGGUUUGGGACUGAGUGAGUAGAGAGAGAGAAAGACACCUCUGACUGGGCGCUGUCAGUGCCAUAAAUAAACAAGCGAUAGGCCUAUUGGCCAAAUGAUCCACAGUUACGUGCCCUUAAAAUCUGCCUGAAACCAAUUACAAAAAUAGUAUUGGUUGUGUUUUGAUGUGUAGCAUAUUAAAAUCAUCACCGUUCAGCUGUCGGCGAUCAGGCCUUUAUGGUAGAGUGGCCAGAUGGAAUCCACUCCUCAGUAAAAGCCACAUGACAGUCCGUUUUGGAGUUUUCAAAAAGGCACCUUAAGACUCUCGGCCCAUGAGAAACAAGAUUCUCUGGUCUGAUGAAACCAAGAUUGAACUCUUUGACCUGAAUGCCAAGCGUCACAUCUGGAGGAAACCUGGCACCAUCCCUACGGUGAAGCAUGGGGUGGCAGCAUCGUGCUGUAGGGAUGUUUUUAAGUGGCAGGGACUGGGAGAAUCUAGCAAAGUACAGUGAGAUCCUUGAUGAAAACCUGCUCCAGAGUGCUUAGGACCUUAGACUGGGGUGAAGGUUCACCUUUCAAUAGGACAAUGACCCAAAGCACACAGCCAAGACAACACAGGAGUGGCUUCGGGACAAGUCUCUGAAUGUCCUUGAGAGACCUGAGAAUAGCUGUGCAUCGACGCUCUCCAUCCAACCUGACAGAGCUUGAGAGGAUCUUCAGAGAAGAAUGGGAGAAACACCCCAAAUACAGGUGUGCCAAGCUUGUAGUGUCAUACCCAAGAAGACUGUUUUAAUUAGUUCUCCGCAUCCAGUGCAGGCGGGAGGGAUUGUUAAUUGCGCUACCGAACUGCCCCUAAUCAAAACGGUCUAAACCCAGCCGUCAGAAAACAAUGUGUCAAUCACUCUCAAGUCAUCUAGGACCCACGAGCUAAGCCCAAGGGACUACUAGGGGGGCACUUGAACAUUCGUAGUGUCAUUCCAAAAAGUGAUCAAAUUCAACAUCUACUCACAGACUCCAACCUUGACUUCCUCUGCCUCUCAGAGACAUGGCUCCAUAAAAACUCUCCAUAUGCUGCUUUGAUUGUGAUUGGCUACAAUGUUUCCAGGAGAGACAGGAUUGAAGGAAGAGGAGGGGGUGUGAUGAUUUACAUUAAAGAACAUAUCCGAUGUAAACAAAUUGAGUGGUCAUGUGAUAAUGAACUAGAAUGUAUUGGCCUGAAUGUUACACUGUCUCCCCAAAUGUCUUUUACUCUUAUUGGAAUGUACAGGCCUUCCACCAAAAGUGUGUUAUUUGAUCAGUUUAAUAACAUGCUUAGGGAAUGUGACUUUGUGAAAGAGGUCAUCUUAAUGGGAGAUUUUAAUAUGAAUUAUGAAGACAAGUUUUGUAGGAAAACCCUCAAACGGGUCACUAAUACCUUUGACCUUACACAGCUAGUUAAAGGACCAACCAGGGUGACUUGUUGCUCUAAAACACAGAUUGAUUUGGUGUUCAAUAAUAAACCAGAGAGGGUGACUAAAUCAUUCAAUAUGGUUACUGGGCUAUCUGAUCAUAAUCUGACACUUAUAGCCAGAAAGCUGUCUAAGAGCAGGUUUAACCUCUCUACUGUUAGAAAGCCGGAUCAACUAAGAAUACCUAAGAGUGAAUUAAACUAUUUUGAAAACGCAAUUAAGGGAAUUAACUGGAAUGAUCUCUUGUCCUAUACAGAUGUGGAAGCUGAUAAUCAGGUUUUUCUAUCCACAAUCCAGACUACAAUAAAUGGUUUCCUAAAGAAAAUCAAAUCCAAACCUGGCCAAAAGAGCACUCUUCCUUGGCUAAAUGGAGAAAUCUGGAAAUUGUUGAAAGAACGAGAUUAUGCUCUAAAAAUAGCCCUAAAAUCCAAAUUAGAGCAUGACAGACGUAGGUUUCCCAUGUUUAGAAAUAAGGUGAUGAAAGAAAUCAGACAGGCCAAGGCAAACUUUUUUAUUAACAUAAUUGGUGAAGCAAAGGGAAAUUCUAAAUUGAUCUGGGAGAAUCUAAAAAUGUUAACAGGGAAAGACAAUCAUGCAGCAAUCAUGGUGAAUAACAAUCUAACACAGGAUGCAGUCGAAAUAGCAAUAGCCUUCAAUUCCUACUUAAUUGACUCUGUCAGGGUACUGACACAGAACCCCUCCACUGGUUUCUUGGGCUCAGUGCUAGUAAAUGAUGCUCAACCUGCUCAACCUGUCUUCAUCAAAGGUGAACAAGGUGAUUAGCUCACUAAAGAACUCUAAAGCCAAAGAUGUGUUUGGGCUGGACUCUACCUUUUCUUAAAAACUACAAAGAGUCACUCAUUGGCCCCAUUACUAAGGUCACCAACAUGUCUAUUGGUCUCUGGGUUUUUCCAAGGGUAUGGAAGUCGGCCAUAAUAACGGCCGUCUUUAAAUCAGGCGACCCUGCUAACGUGAGUAACUACAGGCCCAUUAGUAUACUACCUGCGGUGUCAAAGGUUGUUGAAAAGUGUGUAGCACGACAACUGAUUGCCCACCUCAACAACAGCCCUUUCACAUUACACUCCAUGCAGUUUGGCUUCAGAGUGAAACACUCCACAGAAACGGCCAACUGCUUUCUUCUGGAAAAUGUGACGUCCAAGAUGGACAAAGGGGGCAUUGUUGGGGCUGUGUUUCUGGACCUAAGGAAGGCUUUUGAUACUGUUAACCAUGAGAUUCUCAUCACAAAAUUGUCAAAGUUCAACUUUUCCCCUGAUGCCUUGAGAUGGAUGAAAUCAUACCUUGAAGGCAGAACUCAGUGUGUCAGAGUGAGCAAUGAGCUGUCGCCCACUCUUAGCUAUGAUGUGGGCGUGUAAGUUUUUUGCAUCUCACUCCCUCUUUGGUUUUACAUUUUUAUGGUUUGAGUGCUUGUUGCCCUAUAUUGCGCCAAACACAACAUUACAGUUGGAACCUAAUUUUGCCAAAGAAAAUGGCUCAAAACAAAGUAAAAGUGCAAUAUGUGCCAUGUAAAAAAAGCUAACCUUUAAGUUCCUUGCUCAGAACAUGAGAACAUAUGAAAGCUGGUGAUUCCUUUUAACACGAGUCUUCAAUAUUCCCAGUUUAGAAGUUUUAGGUUGUAGUUAUUAUAGAAAUUUAAAGGACUAUUUCUCUCUAUACCAUUUGUAUUUCAUAUACCUUUGACUAUUGGAUGUUCUUAUAGGCACUAUAGUAUUGCCAGCCUAAUCUCGGGAGUUGAUAGGCUUGAAGUCAUAAAUAGCGCUGUGCUUCAAGCAUUGCGAAGAGCUGCUGGCAAAUGCAAGAAAGUGCUGUUUGAAUGAAUGAUUACGAGCCUACUGCUGCCUACCACCUCUCAGUCAGACUGCUCUAUCAAAUAUCAAAUCAAAGACUUAAUUAUAAUCUAAUAAACACACAGAAAUACUAGCCUUGACAUUAAUAUGGUCAAAUCCAGAAACUAUCAUCUCGAAAACAAAACGUUUAUUCUUUCAGUGAAAUACGGAACCGUUCCAUAUUUUAUCUAACUGGUGGCAUCCAUCAGUCUAAAUAUUCCUGUUACAUUGCACAACCUUCAAUGUUAUGUCAUAAUUCUGUAAAAUUCUGGCAAAUGAAUUACGGUUUUGGAAGAAAUGGUCUUCACACAGUUCGCGACGAGCCAGGCGGCCCAAACUGCUGCAUAUACCCUGACUCUGCUUCACAGAACGCAAGAAAAGUGACACAAUUUCUCUAGUUAAUAUUGCCUGCCAACAUUAAUUUCUUUGAACUAAAUAUGCAGGUUUAAAAAUAUAUAAUUGUGUAUUGAUUUUAAGAAAGGCAUUGAUGUUCAUGGUUAGGUACACCAUCACCCGUUUGGCGAAGUAGACUGUGAUUCAAUGAUAAGUUAACAGGCACCACAUUGAUUAUUUGCAACGCAGGACAAGCUAGUUAAACUAGUAAUAUCAUCAACCAUGUGUAGUUCACUAGUGAUUGUUAAGAUUGUUUUUUUUAUAAGACAAGUUUAAUGCUAGCUAGUAACUUACCUUGUCUACUUGCUGCACUCACAUAACAGGUGGUCAGCCUGCCAUGCAGUCUCCUCGUAGAGUGCAAUGUAAUCGGCCAUAAUCAGCGUCUAAAAAUGCAGAUUACCGAUUUGUUAUGAAAACUUGAAAUGGGCCUAAUUAAUCGGCCAUGCCGACCUCUAAUAAUAAUCAUUAUAAUGAAUACGAAAGUAAGUGAAACUGCUUCAACCUUAAUAGUGCUCGCAGUCCAUUUGGCCAUGCCAACGGUCUUCUCAUCUUAAUCCACUACAAUAUCAAAACUGUAAAACUAAUAAGGACUCAAUAAUCCAUGACUUCAGGGAGUAUUAUAACGUCCAAAAGUUAUGAGUGGAGUUAUAAAGUUGGCUGUCAGAAGGAAAUGUUUUUAUUAAAUUUUUACAAUGUCAAUUGCCUUUUAAUCUGCCUGUAUGCAUUUCAAGACCUGGCAUAUGAGGGUGAAGUGAGAUACCCGAUGGGUUGGACAAUACUUAUCUUGUCAAUCAUCUUAAAAACAACAUAUAUACUUAACUGGAAAUCAACCAAUCCUCCAUCAUUCACACAAUGGAAAAGUCAAAUGCUUUAUCUAAAAAUUGAAAGUGUGUGGGCUACGGAGAGAAAUAACAAAAUGGUACAGUUUGAGGCCAUGUGGCGUACAGCGAUGCGGAAGCUGGAGAUGUGGGGUGCUAGUGGGUCUGGGCAAGUGUGAUGUAGUUGAUAUUUGUAUGAUGUCAUGUGUACAGUCGUGGCCAAAAGUUUUGAGAAUGACACAAAUAUGAAUUUUCACAAAGUCUGCUGCCUCCGUAUGUAUGAUGGCAAUUUGCAUAUACUCCAGAAUGUUAUGAAGAGUGAUCAGAUGAAUUGCAAAGUCCCUCUUUGCCAUGCAAAUGAACUGAAUCCCCCAAAAACAUUUCCACUGCAUUUCAGCCCUGCCGCAAAAGGACCAGUGAUUCCAUCAUGUCAGUGAUUCUCUCGUUAACACAGGCGUGAGUGUUGACGAGGACAAGGCUGGAGAUCACUCUGUCAUGGUGAUUGAGUUUGAAUAACAGACUGGAAGCUUCAAAAGGAGGGUGGUGCUUGGAAUAAUUGUUCUUCCUCUGUCAACCAUGGUUACCUGCAAGGAAACACGUGCCAUCAUCAUUGCUUUGCACAAAAAGGGCUUCACAGGCAAGGAUAUUGCUGCCAGUAAGAUUGCACCUAAAUCAACCAUUUAUCGGAUCAUUAACCUCUAGCGUCGAGCAAUCCCGUAUCCGGGAGCGUAAUCAUAGCCUCAAGCUCAUUACCAUAACGCAACGUUUCCUAUUCAUGAAAAUCGCAAAUUAAAUGAAAUAAAUAUAUUCAAACACAAGCUUAGCCUUUUGUUAACAACACUGUCAUCUCAGAUUUUCAAAAUAUGCGUUACAGCCAACGCUAGACAAGCAUUUGUGUAAGUUUAGCAUGGCAUAAUGCUAUGCUAGGCUGUGCUGGCAGCAGGCAACAUUUUCACAAAAAUAAGAAAAGCAACCAAAUUAAAUAAUUUACCUUUGAAGAACUUUGGAUGUUUUCAAUGAGGAGACUCUCAGUUAGAUGAUGGGAAAUGAUAUAAAAUAUAUCACUAGCCACUUUAAACAAUGCUACCUAAUAUAAUGUUUACAUACCCUACAUUAUUAAUCUCAUAUGUAUACGUAUAUACUGUACUCUAUAUCAUCUACUGCAUCCUUAUGUAAUACAUGUAUCACUAGCCACUUUAACUAUGCCACUUUGUUUACCUACUCAUCUCAUAUGUAUAUACUGCCCUCAAUACCAUCUACUGUAUCUUGCCUAUGCCGCUCUGUACCAUCAC